AACGCUCCAAUUCAAUUGCCACGCACGGGGGGUUGAGGAAUAGCUGUCAAUUGCAUGGAUAAGAGAAAAGAUGGGGGAAUGCACCAUCCAUCCUCAUUUCGGAGCACACGUGCUUAACCCCAUCACCUCAGCCUGGACAUUGACUGAGCCCCUGCCCUCUUCUAUUUGCGCCCAAGCCGUUUAUGCGUGCCAUGAUUAAGACGCAUGACGUCUAAUAUUAAACCCCAAGAGUGUGUGCAUGUGUGUGUUGCCACAUAGGCUACAAGGAGAGAGAGAGAGAGGGGGAGAUGCAGAGGAAGAGGGAGAGAGACAGAGAGAGCAUGGACACAGAACACAUGCCUUCUUUUUCUCCCCUCAAGCCUCUUGCUAUCUCUGCAGACAAUCCCGACCGCCGUUAAUUAAGACAAAUGUGCGCCGCGGCUCCGCGGAUAAUGACCGGAGCGCCUGGAUUUCUGCACACAAGGAGAAAACUGCGGGCCAUGGCAUUGACGGUACCCGCAUUGCAUCACGGACACGACACCCGGUACCCCGCUGUCUCCCUCCCACCUCAACUGGAGCCGAUGAGGAGACUGUAGCAUCUUAUCACAGAGUUUCUUUGCCUCACAGUCCCAUGCAGCCGCGCACUCAGGCGGCCGGCUGUUUGUCGCUCCUCGUCUCCAAAGCCAACCAGCAGCUGCCUGCUCCGCUGUGCGCAAAACCGGUAAUUACGCGCCGCGUUGACAACUUUGGCGCGGUGCUGUUUGGAUUGCGCAUCAGCAGCGGGCCGGUUUCUGGGAUCUACCGGCGGAGUGAAGUGUGAUUUCUCCGGGAGUCAUCUGCUGCCCGAUCACAUCGUCGAUUAAGCGUGCGCUGCAACCUGUAGCUGUGUGCCCUUUAUUCCAUUAAUUGUUCCGCCUAGGCACAAUGGAGGGACGCAGCUGACGGUUUUGAAUCCGUAGCCCGAGGAGGAAAGAAAAAAAAGAGGAGGAAAGCAGACUCAGGGGAAACCAUGUAUGGGCGGUACACCCAGGAGCUGGGUGUGUAUGCCAAGGAGGAAGCAGCCCGCCUACGGGAUGGAGGAGUGCGGGAUGGUGGAGCACUGCGGAGGAACACCAGUGUUCGCAGUCGUGCUGCAGAUCUGCUGGAGUAUGAGAAGGACCCCUGUGCAAAGUGCCACUUGUGUGCAUCUCGCUGCCAGAAGUUCCUGAUCUCGCGGGUGGGGGAGGACUGGAUCUUCCUCAUUCUGUUGGGGCUGCUCAUGGCGCUGGUCAGCUGGGUCAUGGACUACGCCAUCGCCUUCUGCCAAGAAGCACAGAAGUGGAUGUUGGGUGGACUGGACAGUAACAUGCUUCUGCAGUACAUCGCCUGGGUCACCUACCCUGUAGUGCUCAUCACUUUCUCAGCAGGAUUCACUCAGAUACUGGCGCCUCAGGCUGUAGGUUCAGGUAUUCCAGAGAUGAAGACGAUACUGAGGGGGGUGGUCCUAAAGGAGUACCUGACAUUUAAGACGUUUGUGGCCAAAGUCAUUGGUCUGACCUGUGCUCUGGGCAGUGGGAUGCCUCUGGGGAAGGAGGGACCCUUCGUUCAUGUUGCCAGUCUGUGCGCCGCUCUCCUGAGCAAAGUUAUGGCUCCUCUUUUCGGUGGGAUUUACAUGGAAGAGCCCUUUGAGGGGAGCAAGAACGAGCUGAGGAACACAGAGAUGCUGUCGGCCGCCUGUGCAGUGGGUGUGGGCUGUUGCUUCGCUGCCCCUAUUGGAGGGGUGCUGUUUAGUAUUGAGGUCACUUCCACGUUUUUUGCGGUGAGGAACUACUGGAGGGGCUUCUUCGCCGCCACCUUCAGUGCCUUCAUAUUCAGAGUGUUGGCAGUGUGGAAUCAGGAGGAAGAGACCAUCACUGCUCUCUUUAAGACCCGUUUCCGUCUUGACUUCCCGUUUGACCUUCAGGAGCUUCCAGCGUUUGCCAUCCUCGGGAUUGCCUGUGGUUUUGGUGGUGCUCUGUUUGUCUACCUGAACCGCCUAAUUGUGGAGUGCAUGAGGAAACAGAAGACUAUUAACAAGUUCUUGCUGAGGAAUCCUUCUCUUCCUGUCAGGCGCCUGUUGUAUCCCGCACUUGUCACCCUGCUGGUCUCCACUCUCACGUUCCCUCCAGGCUUCGGGCAGUUCAUGGCCGGACAGCUGACGCAGCAAGAGUCUCUGGUCGCACUAUUCGACAACCGCACAUGGUGCCGCCAGGGCGUGGCGGAGGAAUUUGACUACAUCAGCCACAACCACGCCUGGAAGCACCCACAGGUCAACGUCUUCAUCACACUCAUCCUCUUCAUCAUCAUGAAGUUCUGGAUGUCCGCUGUGGCCACCACCAUGCCUGUCCCAUGCGGAGCCUUCAUGCCAGUUUUUCUUAUCGGUGCAGCAUUUGGCAGACUUGUCGGAGAGAUCAUGGCAGCCAUGUUUCCUGAUGGGAUACAUGCAGUCGGCAACGUGUAUCCCAUAGUCCCCGGCGGUUAUGCUGUCGUUGGUGCUGCAGCGUUGUCUGGAGCAGUCACCCACACUGUAUCCACAGCAGUCAUAGUGUUUGAGCUGACUGGUCAGAUCUCCCACAUCCUGCCUGUGAUGAUCGCUGUGAUCCUGGCCAACGCCGUGGCCCAGGCGCUCCAACCAUCACUGUACGACUCCAUCAUCCGCAUCAAGAAACUCCCUUAUCUGCCUGAACUGGGCAUGGGACAUCACGAGAAGUAUAAUAUCCGUGUGGAGGACAUCAUGGUCAGGGAUGUGCGCUUUAUCACUCUUAACUCUUGCUAUCGGGACCUGCAGGAGAUGCUGCUGACUGGUCAUCUCAAAACACUGGCCCUGGUUGAGUCCAGCGACUCCAUGAUCCUGCUGGGCUCCAUAGAGCGCCUGCAGCUCCAGUCGCUGCUCGCGCUUCAGCUGGGCCACCAGCGGAGGCUGGAGUACCUCCGCCAGCUGGCCCAAGACAACGGCACCCACAAUCACCUGCCCAGCCUGACCACCGACAGCACGCCCAGCUCCCCCUCCUCCCACACCAACACCAACGCCUCGUCCAACACCAGCGCUCGCCAAGUGGUCCGCUUCCUGGUGAGCACCCAACAGAUCUCCACAGAGGAGUCUUCCUCCUUCAGCCCAGUGGUUUCCAAUGUUCAACUUCCUCUGAAAUCUGCCUUGAAAACUGUGUCCGCCAUCAGCGACACAGAGACGCCAAAUAGCUCUCAGACCCUCUCCUGUGCUGACCAAGACAAAGAGCUGCUGGAGAGCCCGGCUGGGCCGGCUCCUCCUGAAAAAAGAAAGCCCAAGCCCAAACGAGUGAGGAUCUCCAUGGCGGACUCAACUGAAGUGGACGAUUGCAUGAGCCCAUCAGAUAUAGCAGAGUGGGAGGAGCAACAGCUCGAUGAGCCGGUGGAUUUCAAGAACUGCAAGAUUGAUCCCGCUCCUUUCCAGCUGGUGGAGCAAACAUCUCUGCAUAAGACUCACACCAUCUUCUCUCUGCUGGGUCUGGAUCACGCCUAUGUGACCAGCAUGGGACGUCUGGUUGGAGUGGUCUCUCUCAAAGAGCUGCGUAAGGCCAUCGAGGGCUCAGUGACAGUGACUGGAGUAAAAGUGCGCCCUCCGUUGGCCAGUUUCCGUGACAGUGGGAACACUGCGACUGUGUCCGAGGUAACAGAACUACACAAGCUGUGCAUCCGCCACAGGGGGCUCUCGUUGCCACGGGAACCCAACCACCCUCCUAAUGUGGAGGGACAGCCAGAUCUCCCGUACAAAGAGAUCCCCGUCAACUUCUCGGACCAAACGAAUUUGCAGUUUGAAACCGGCCCCGGUGACACCUCGAGUCAGUCAUCGGAGUUGGUGCUCCAGGAGAGCCCCUCGUUCACCGAGGACCAAUCAGAGUUUACUUUUGACUGCAGCCCCUCCCACACUGAGGAAUCAGAGCUGGCCUGUGACUAUGACCCCCUCACCUACACUCCUGAGCCGGACGUCACAGAGCAAGAGCUGGGGAGUCCAGCUCUGAACAAGGACCAAUCAGAACCUGUGGGAGAGGGUGGCCCCGCCCACACUGAGGAUCGAUCAGAAUGAUCAGAGGGGAUCCAUGCUGUCGCCUCAUGAAUGUUGACGUUUCUUACAUGUGUAGAGGUCACUCUCACCUCCAAGUCCAGCCUAGAUACCUGUGUUUCUAACGUUGUUGUGGCGUGAGUGGACGAGUGAAGGAGAGCAUGUGUGAAUUCUUUUUUUUUUUUCCCAAACUGUGCAGAUGUUUGUUUCAAAGGAUGGCGCUGGCUUUAUUCUAUAUUUUUUUACUGUCAACAAAUCCAGUGCGUUUGUUUCAUUCUCUCUGACCUCCCUCUCCUGUUUGUGGCUUUUUGAUUCCAAUUGAAGAUGCAAAUCUUUAAAGAGGAGUGCCUCAGAUUUGACACAUCAAAGUCUGUUUACAGGUGUUGGAGAGCAACAUUGCACAUCUGAUAAAAAUUAUACGAAGUGAUGCCACUUGAAUCAGCAUUGGUUUGAAGAUUAAAACAAAAAUCUGUUGGUGUGAGCUCAGAUAGAAGACCUGUCAGACCUCUUAAGAUCCUCAACUCUGCUUGAGGCUAACAGCUUGAGGCUACUAGCUUAGAGCAGCAUUCACACCGAAUCAGGCGUUGCAGCAAAAACGCCAUGCCGUUCAUUAGAGUGUGGGUAGUGCGGUGGUGGGGGCCACAGGGUAUGCCGAAGAAAAUCACAGCAGCCUGCUGCAAAAAGUUAAAACAGACUCACCUUUUUAAGAAAUGCAGCGUGACAUCACACUGCAGUAGCCAAUCAUGUAAUCGGCAAUCAGACUGGAAGAUGCUGCAGCCCAUGGGAACACUUAUACAGUCUCUUUCUAUCAUUGCUGGUAACUUUUAAGGUGGAACGUAAACUUGUAAUGUUGCUCAAUGCAUGAGUUGAUGACGUGAAGCAAUCACAGUGAAUUUCACUGUUACAACUUUAACCAUUACUGAAGUUUUCAUGUGACAUACACUUUAAGUAAUGAGCGGAUCUUCAAGCGUUUAUAUAUAUGAAUUUCGACAGGGACGACAUGUAUUCCAAUCCUCACUCAGAGUUUUAAAAAAAAAAGCAUUGCGGAGCCAUAUUCAUGUGGGCUCCGGCACACUAAACCCCUGAACUUGCCUGAGAAGGACUAAAUGCACAAACCUGCUGUUUUUAAAUAUCCCAUAGAGAGAGACUCUCACUGCGGCCUGUUCUAUUUUGUUCUGAAAAUGUCGGCGUGCAACUGCGUUCUAUGGAUGAUAAACGAGGUGCAGACUUCCAUCUGUGUCACCGGUGAAGAGGAAAUACAGUGAAUGCUGGACGGAGCAGUGAGUGACAACAACCCCGCCCACAUUUAAGGGUACUGUUUGCAGUGGAAACGCUAAACAGACCUAGGGUCUAGGUACCAUGUCUGAAGGGUUAAUUUUGGUUCCAAACAUACCGUACCGAAAGUGUUUAGUGGACCCAAAUACAAAGACUAGUUUGGAUUUGUUGACAAUAAGAAAAAUAUAAAACAUUACCAGCUGUAUCUUUUGAAGUGUGUGUGUGUGUGUGUGUGUGUGUGUGUGUGUGUGUGUGUGUGUGUGUGCGUGCGUGCGCGAGAGAGAUUUUUUGACACUUUCCUUGCCAUGCUCAGAUUUGGUUCAGACUCCUAAACAUAAUUUGAGUCUUUGUGCCAAAAUAACAUCCUGUCAACAUGACUUCAGUUACAUUUAGGGCUGAGUAUCAUUUGAAAGUAUUACAGUACCAGUACCCAAACCAGAUCCCUGAAAGUGAUACUAAUACAAGAAGAGUCCUUCUUUUGAUCCCCAUAAUGUAAACUGUGUGGCGUGUAUUAUGGCCAUAAUUUGGAACGUUUUGGUGGCAUCUCGGCAUGCUGGACUGCAAACUCUGCCGCACUAGACUUCACCGAAACGCUGACUGUAUGUGUUGUAGCUGCUGCUGCUGCAGGAGUGUGAGCUCCAUGCAGCGACAGUUGGUGAAAGCUCCCCAAGAUGCACACAGACGGUAACAGGGCUAACUGCUAGCGUCACACAGCUGACGUUACCUGAGGGAGUUCCAAGUGGUCCCCAGAAAAAUGGGGAACAGUUUAUUAUUGUUAUUUAAUUUACCAGAGAAGGGAGCACAGUGUGAGCAAGAGUCAUAUGACGAUUGACGAUUCUGAUCAGAGGUGUCACUUCCUCCAUGUUUAUCUCCUCAACUGCAGUUGACAACUACAGAAUUCUGGUCUGAAUCAUUUCUAGCAACCAAAAUCUUUUCAGGUUUAGGUCCCUGAAGUCAAAUCUUAUCACAUGGGGGAUCAACUCUGACCUAAUAUCAAUCAAUUUAGGGGUCCUUGUCAUGAAAAAGGUUGGGAGCUACUGACUCAGGCCCUGAUCACACAGAAAGCAUUUUAGCAGCUGGAGGCGCAUUUUUGUAAUUGAUUUUAAUGAGAAUAAAGCUUUUUGCUCAUGGUCACAACAACAAGUUUACAGUUGGUAAACAAUGGUGGUAGCAGUUAUACAGCCCGACAAUAGACAGCAGGUUGUCAGACUGACCCCUAGUCAUCCUAAAAUAUGCCUGGAAAUGGCCAUCUUGAGGAGAAGCUCCUGGACCAACUGGUGGUACUCCCCGUCAACCCCCCUCUAUUUUAGGGUCUCGUGUACCCACACAGAUACAGCAGGUUCCCUCUCCCUGAACAUUUUAGGAACUAGAUACUAAUUACUGUGUGAAAAAAUGGUAAAUUGAUUACAUGGGAAGGUUAGUGUAAGGACGUGUUGGUGUGGUUGCCUGGCAACAAUAAAAAAGUGCAGCAAGCUUUUUUUUUUACCUGCAAAAUAUAUCUGUGUGAUUGGGGCCUUAACGGUUAUUAAUGUGUUUAUCGAGCCCUUUGGGUGUCAGUGUAAGUUUGUUGGGACCGUUUGAUGGCUCCCUGUCACUGUGUUACCCCGUGCUAACUGGGCAGACGUUGAACUGACUGUUUGCCAAAGGAGAGCAUGUCCGGAGAUGGCAGCAACAGAAAGUUUGCUGAUCGGUUGUGGGGUUGGGACAGAGUAGGAUCAGACACCCGGCACAAAAGGAUUUAAUGCAGGUAUCGUUUGAUGGGAGACGCGUCAGUACUACUUGGUACUGGGUUAUUUCGGCUGAUAACUUGAAGGUACUGAGAACUGAUACUCAGUCCUAGUUCCAUUACAAGGAGUGAAAAAAGUCACAUGCAAAUAAUGUAGAGGGAACAAUAUAAGGAGCAAAUAAUGGAGAAGAAAGCACAGAAGAACAAAGAAUAUUAUUCCAAUGAGCACAUGAUGGUAUGAUUUCAGACUACUACCUAUUUAUUAGCACUGGACUUAUACUAGAGGUCCAGAAUUCAUGGCUAAUAAUUUUAAGAUAUAGAGGUGUUGGUUAUGUGUUGGCUUAUAUGCAAUAAAUUUACAGUAAUAAUGCUGUCGAAGGUGGUUUAAUAGCAACAGUGACAUCAUUAGUUUGACUCCAGUGUUCACAACACAUAUCUUAUUUUUAUUUCUUUAUUUUACUAGCAGCUGUUGGUGUCAUAUCAGCCCCCAAAGUCCCCAGAUCGACUGGGAUCUACUGUUCAAAGGCAGCUUCAGUUCCAAAGGUCCACCAAGCUUAGUACAGGGCUCCGAAUACUGGUGAAGCACAUUGUAAUUACCAUGAGUAUAAUUUCCUGCACAUGUAGCCUCGUUUGGCUUCAGAGGAGCUGAUUCAGUGAGGGCAACUGUCAGUCCUGUCACUUGAGCUGCCUCUACAUCCUCUGCUACGUGAAUUUAAUUGCGUGUUUAACGUGUUUCUAGCAUGAUUAAAGGAACAACACUUGAGCUCCGAGCGAAAGAUACCGGCUGUUGUACAGAGCACACAAACACACCCACACUUAUAUGCACACGUGUAUGCGGCCUGUAGAUAUUAACACCGUGAUAUGUUCCACGUAUCUUUACAACAGAGUACAUUUAAUCCAGCCUGGCCUCCAAUGCAAUGUCAAGAAAUGUAACUAAGCACAGUGAUAACCCACAAACUGUUGUAGAGCAGAAGUGCGUGUGAGUCCUCGUUACGACCCUCAAAUUGAUGUAUUUUUAGCUUCAUGCAAUUUUUGAGCCAUGUUUCAAUUUUAUGACGUCAUCGCAGCACCAACUCAUGUUUUGUCUGCGUAAACAUUUGUGCAAGGAUUUAUUAACGUCUUAACCUUUCGUUUGCAUAUAGAAUGUGAAAUAGUGCUCGCCAUAUAAGAUAACGCAUAAGGAGUUAAAUGUAGAGAGUGUAUAAGCUAAUUUGCAGCGUAUCUAGUUAAGCAAUAAGUCUGUAGUAUCUCCCUUUAUAUGGCACUGGCCUGUAUAUGCUUUGUACAUAUGAACAUACACGGAUGAGAUCUAUGUACACGCUAUUGUACAUAGGAGAAUUAUGCAUUUGAAAUCCAACAGCCAUCGUUAUUUUUCAGAGGACAUGAAAUUGUUUUUGUACAUGAGUGAAUGAUUAAAUUAAA